GCGCGUGCGCCGCGCCGAGAUAAUUGCAACACACUCCAAUCGAAGCGCUUCGUCCUCCGUUGGCCCGUGCUUCUCUUCCACAAUAUCCACUUGCCCUUUCACGCUCACACCCAUGGCGGCGCUCUGCUCCGCCUCCCCGGCCAUCUCUGCGGCGGCUUCUCUCGGGGUAUCCGCGCGCCGAGCCGCUUCCCUCCUCCGCCUGCGCCUGCGCCUGCGAGCUGCAGCGCGCUCCUACUCCACCGCCGCCGCCGCCGCACCGCGGGAGGCUGCGGCGGCGGCGGGGGCACCGUCGUGGCGAGCGCGCCAGCGAUUCACGGCGUCGGCGUCUGCUACGACGGAGGAGGAUGCCGGCGUAGAAACGAUGAUCCCGCCCGACAACCGCAUCCCCGCCACCAUCAUCACCGGAUUCCUCGGCUCCGGAAAGACAACUUUACUGAAUCACAUCUUGACUGCUCACCAUGGAAAGCGGAUUGCUGUAAUUGAGAAUGAGUUUGGAGAAGUUGAUAUUGAUGGUUCAUUAGUUGCUGCACAAACUGCUGGAGCUGAGGACAUAAUGAUGCUAAACAAUGGCUGCCUUUGCUGCACUGUGCGUGGUGAUUUAGUCCGUUUGAUUGGUGAAUUGGUUGACAAGAAGAAGGGGAAGUUUGAUCAUAUUGUUAUCGAAACCACAGGUUUAGCGAAUCCAGCACCCAUUAUACAGACAUUUUAUGCAGAAGAUGUAGUUUUUAAUGAUGUCAAGCUGGAUGGUGUUGUUACUUUAGUUGACGCAAAGCAUGCUAGAUUACAUUUAGAUGAAGUAAAGCCCAAGGGUAUAGUCAAUGAAGCAGUUCAGCAAAUUGCUUAUGCUGACAGAAUUAUAGUUAACAAGAUUGAUCUUGUCAAUGAACCUGAGGUUUCGUCCUUGGUUGAGCGUAUAAGGGGUAUCAACCGCAUGGCUAAUUUGAAACGAGCUGAGUAUGGCAAAGUUGAUUUGGAUUAUGUUCUUGGAAUUGGAGGAUUUGAUCUGGAGAGGAUUGAGAGUGCUGUCUCUGAAGAAUCACACGAAGACCACGCAGAACAUGAACAUGAGCACGACCAUCAUCAUCAUGACCAUCACCAUGACCAUCAUCACCAUCAUGAUCAUGAUCAUGGACAUGAUCAUCAUGCACAUGAUCACACCCAUGAUCCUGGCGUUUUUUCUGUGAGCAUUGUUUGUGAAGGGGAGAUGGAUCUUGAAAAGGCUGACAUGUGGUUGGGGAACCUACUUCUGGAACACAGUGAUGAUAUAUACAGGAUGAAAGGACUACUUUCUGUCAGUGGAAUGCCUCAGCGCUUCGUCUUUCAGGGUGUGCACGACAUUUUCCAGGGAUCUCCUGAGAGAAUGUGGGAGCCAAACGAGCCGCGCAUCAACAAGAUUGUGUUCAUCGGCAGGAACCUCAAUAAAGAAGAGCUGGAGAAGGGCUUCAAGGAUUGCCUCCUGAAGAAAUAAACUGAGACUUAACUUUUCUAAAUCUUUCUUACACACGGGAUGGAUCUCCAGCUUCAUGAUUUUGAGCUUUGUGGCUGCAGAACUUAUCCUUGAGAAACUGAACUAUGAACUAACAUGAAAUGCGUGAUGUAUAGAAUGGAUAACAUCAUUACAACCUUCCCAUCCUUUUAGUACGAUCA